AAAACUCUCACCCGCUCUUUCGUUUUCGCUUCCACUUCACUCUCCCUCUCUUUUCUUUUCUUUUUUUGCCCACAGGCCCAUUUCCCAAACUGAAAGACUCGAACUCCUUCGCAUUUAAUAAACUAAACCUUCUCGAUCUUUCUCUCUCUCUCUCGAUCUCGAUCGAGGGUUUCGCCGGCGAACUAUGCAGCAAUGGAGGCCGGAGAACGCCACCGCCUUGACCUUCGAUGAGGUCUCUAUGGAGCGGAGUAAGAGCUUCGUCAAGGCCCUCCAGGAACUUAAGAACCUCAGGCCUCAGCUCUAUUCUGCCGCGGAGUACUGUGAGAAAUCUUAUCUUCAUAAUGAGCAGAAGCAGAUGGUGCUGGAUAAUUUGAAAGACUAUGCUGUCAGAGCACUGGUGAAUGCUGUUGAUCACCUAGGUACGGUUGCUUACAAAUUAACUGAACUACUUGAACAACAGACUAUGGAUGUCUCUACUGUAGAGCUAAAAAUUUCGUGUCUGAAUCAGAGAAUUCUCACAUGCCAAACCUACACGGAUUUGGAAGGGCUCAGGCAGCAGCAAAUGUCGCCACCUACCCCGAGACACCACAAACAUUAUAUCUUGCCAAAUUCCAACAGCAGAAGGAUGAGUGGUAGCUUACAUUCACAAACAGAUGUGGCACAAAAUCAUAUUCAGGCAGAAGCUCACCCUUGUCCUCCAGGCACCCAUGCAUCAAAAACCCUUUCAUGGCACCUAGCUUCAGAAAGUAUCAAUUCUCCAUCAAAUGGAGCUGCCACUCCAACAAGAAGCAUUGGUGAUCAUACUGUCUCUAAGGUGACUUCUGAAGUUUUCCAUCUUCUAGAAGAGGCUGUUGCCCCUUUGCCAUUAUCAAGUCAUCUUCAGUCAGCUGUCAGAACUCCUACUUCAAAUGUGGCUCAACCAAAAUUUGGCUUAAUGGGUUCUCAUCUUACUGAGAUGCAGAAACCUCUCACGGCAUUCAGGUCAUUUGGUAAUGCCGGAACAAUUGAAGUUUACCGGCCUGUUCGUAACAAGAGCAUGCUCGCAACCCUUUUUGCUAAAACAAAAUCGGCCAAACAAAAGAGAACUCUUGUCUCAUGAUAGUCUCAAUAAAAGAAAUGCAGUUGAGCAUUAAUGUAUCGGAAUCCUAAUCAGCUUUAUAACCUUGUGUUGCAGUUAUGCUAGUAUGUUUGGCAUGUUGUAUUUUAUGUUACAGAGAUGUGUUUAUCUAACCGUUUAUAUAGUUAAAACCAUUUUUAUUGUUCCAUCUUUGUGCCUUAACUAGGAAAAUGUACAUUUAUCAUUGGCAUAUAAAACUACUGCUGUAUAUUGAUCUUCAUU